AACUUACUCUUGACUUUCUUAAGUCUCAAGCACAAAAACAACAACAUCUUUACUUCAUAAUAACAAACACUUAUCUUCAGUUCCAACUUUCACUAUCAAAUUCUUUUCCCACUCUCACCAACACAAUCAUAUGUAUCCAACUACAAACUCUGUCUCUUCCUCUUCCUCCGACAUGUCGCUGCCGAAUUCAGAGGGCUCUCAUUGGAUGUCAAUUUGCAACGAGGAGAUGCGAUUAGCGGCAACUACCCCGAAGAAGCGUGCAGGGAGGAAGAAGUUCAAGGAAACUCGCCACCCAGUCUAUAGAGGAGUGAGGAAGAGGAACUUAGAUAAAUGGGUUUGUGAAAUGAGGGAGCCUAACAAGAAGACUAAGAUUUGGCUAGGGACUUUUCCAACUGCCGAGAUGGCAGCCCGUGCCCACGAUGUUGCUGCAAUGGCAUUGAGGGGCCGCUACGCUUGUCUCAACUUUGCAGACUCAGCGUGGCGGCUCCCCAAACCUGCAACUACUCAAGCAAAGGAUAUACAAAAGGCUGCUACAGAGGCCGCCGAGGCUUUCAGACCAGACAAGACUUUAUUGACUAAUCACAAUGACAAUGACAAUGACAAUGACAAAGAGAAUGACAUGGCUGUAGUUGCCACUGCCACUGAGGAGCAGAGUAUGAUUUGUAUGGAAGAGAAAGAAGAAGGAGUGAUGAACAUGCAAGAGAUGUGGAGUAAUAUGGCGCUAAUGUCUCCUACACAUAGCUUGGGGUAUUAUGAGUAUCAAUAUAUUAAUGAAGACUUUCAAGAUGAGGAAGUAUCACUAUGGAGUUUUUAAAUUUUUUGUAGGAAAAUGGAAUUUUUUAGUUUGAUCCGUUUGGUUUACAUUUAUUUAUUUUUUGAUUGUAGAAUGGAAAUUGUCUGUAGUACAAACCUUUUUAGUAGUAGUACGGAUUCUUGAUAGGUUUAAAUUGGAAAGAAAAUUCUUUUUGUAUUCUUUUCUUUGAAUGUAGUCACUAAUGAAGCAUAAAGUAUUGAAGGAGGUAAAA